AUGUCUCUCUACAUCGAGGCAGCACGAAUCAUCCAGCGCCCGCGCUAUGGCGGCCUCCGCGGCGCAGUCUUCUCAGACGCCUCAAUCAAGUCCCGCCCCGAGCAGCUGUACGCACUGAUAAUCGAGUCCCUCAAGCACCAGGAGAUCAUCAAUGAGGUCCUCGACAAGUCUGGGCUGCUCGAGAUUGAGAAGAAACUCACGCACGCCCUCGCUCUCGUCCUCGUCCACGACUUCCUCUUCAACAAAGGCGGCAUCGCUACCUCCACGGGCCCGCUCAAAGAGUCCAUCCUGCGGCACAAAGCCCGCCUCACCUCCGAAUUCACGCGCGCCCGCCUCCGCCGCGGCUACUCCACCAUCAACGCCCUCCUCGCCGCCGCCAACGCAACAUCAAUGCGCUUCCCGCGCUGGGUUCGCGUCAACACGCUCAAGACCACCGUCGCAGACGUCCUUGCCCGACACUUCAAGGACCACAAACCUGUGCGCCUGUUUGAGGAGCUCCUGAGCGAGGAUAUGACGCAGGAGACGGUCUAUGUGGACGAGUUUAUACCGGGCCUACUCGGCUUCCCGGCGAGUACGGAGCUGAUUGGCCAUGCGUUGGUGGCCGACGGGACGCUGUUUAUGCAGGACCGUGCAUCGUGUUUUCCGGCGGCGCUGCUGGCGCCCCCCGAAGGAGCGGUGGUGGUCGAUGGGACGGCGGCGCCGGGGAAUAAGACGACGCAUCUGGCGGCGAUUGUGGGCAAGAGCGGGAGGGUGCUGGCGUUUGAGAAGGACCCGAAGCGGGCGAAGACGUUGGAGAUGAUGGUGGGGAAGGCGGGCGCGGAGAAGAUCGUAGAGGUUCGCGCGGGGGCCGACUUCUUGCUGUCGGAUCCGUGGAGCGAGACGGAAAAGGAGGGGCUCGCGAAGGUGUCGCAUAUACUGCUGGACCCGAGCUGCAGUGGGAGCGGCAUUGUUGAGCGGAACGAGUACUCGUAUAUACCGAAGACCGCGGCCCCGCCGCCAGCCCCGACUAGCCGCGCAGGUAAGCUGAAGAAGCGCAAAGCCGGCGAUAAAGAAGAAACAGCAUUCGUCAAACCCCUCUCCAAGAAGGAAGAAGAAGAGGUCGUAAAACAGGCCGAGGCAGAAGAGGAGCGCCUCCGCUCCCUAUCAACCUUCCAGACCCGCAUCAUCAAGCACGCCAUGCGCUACCCGGCCGCGCGCUACAUCAGCUACAGCACGUGCUCCGUCCACGCACAGGAGAACGAGCAGGUCGUCAUGGCGGUGCUCAACUCUGAGGUUGCGAAGCGGCGGGGGUGGCGCGUGCAGAAGAGGGAGCAGACGGGGUUUAGGCAUUGGCCGCGCCGGGGGCUGGUGGAGGAGUGUGGUGGCGAUGAGGGGGUCGCGGAGGGGUGUAUCAGGUUUGAUCCGUGGGGGGAUGGCGGGAUCGGGUUUUUCGUGGUGCUGUUUGUGAGGGAUGGGAGCGUGGAUGGGUAUGUGCAUGUUGAGGAGGAGAAGGCGGAGGAGGAGGACGAAGAGUGGGGGGGCAUUGUUGACGAGGAGGAAGAGGGGGAGGGCGGCGGGGCGGCGGGGAUGAAGAGGAAAUUUGGGGAGGGGGAUGGGGCUGUGAGGAAGGUGCAGAGGAGGGAGGGGGCGGGGUCGGGGUCGGGGUCGGGGGACGGCGCGGCGAAGAGGAAGAGGCCCGUUGUGGAGAGGGAGGGCGGGAAGGGGGGGAAGGGGGGGAAGGUGAGGAAGGUGGUGGAGUUUGCGGGGGGCGUGAAGGAGGGGGAUGGUGCCGCGGCCGCGGGGGGAGGGAAGAAGGGGAAGGGGCCGCAGGAGAAGAUGAUUCGUCCGAGACGGCUGAUGGGGGCGGGGUGGAAGUAG